ACACACCUCCCCGAACACUCCCCUUGCCGACAGUGCAUUGUGUACAUACUGCAUAGUGAGAAGAAAUUGUAGAACGAGUGAGCGUUUCCAACAUGUCGUCCAACAUGUUGCUGUUCUGGGUUUCUGGGAGCAUUCCUUGCUGGAAGGCCAUGAUAGCGCUGGAAGAAAAGGGACUGGCGGGCUACCCGAAUAAGAAGAUUUCCUUCAGCGAGAAGGAACACAAAUCGCAGGAAAUCUUGAAACUCAACCCUCGCGGACAGGUACCGACCUUCAAAGAUGGCGACGUUGUUGUGAACGAGUCCAAUGCCAUCUGCUUCUAUCUUGAGAGAAAAUUUCCAGGCCAAGGUACGAAGCUGGUACCAACCGACAUCUCUGAGUAUGCCCGAGUCUUGCAGAGAGUUACCGAGGUGGAAAAUUUGACCAGUUGCAUCAUCCAAAACCUCGCUAAAUAUAGAAUCAGGACUCCUAAAGACAAACUUGAUGAGGAGCUGUUGAAGACGAAGUACGAGGAUGUUCGGACUGAGUUGAAGAGAUGGGAGGACUACCUCGCGGCUAGCGGAGGGUACGUGGUCGGCAGCAACUUCACAAUGGCGGAUGUCUUCUUCUUCCCGCAUGUCGCCUUAGGGGUAAGAUUCGGCCUUGACGUCUCGAAAUAUCCCGCCAUUGGUGCCUACUACGACAAGGUCAAGGAUAGGCCAUCCGUGAAAGCAACAUGGCCGCCACACUGGGCUGACGGACCCGGCGACUCUUCCAUCAUGGGACCCGUGUGAGGAGUUUUGGUCCAGAAUGACGACAGAGGUGGCUGCUUUCCAGCAUGUUAUGCAACGCCAUCUUCAGCUUUAGUUCUGCUUCAGUAACAAUCAUAUUAUCUGUAUAUCGCAGUUGAUGGUUUACGUGAUGUACCUAUGUUUUGCGUUGGUACUUAAUAUUGCUUUAAACACAAAUCUAAAACUAGUGUAAUAUACGACGGGUGAGGCAGUGGACCAAAGCGCAGAACUGCACAUAGUUACCUCGGCUAGUCGUGACUUCACAACCAAAAUUCGUCACGAUUAUAAUCCUUGGCCCGUCAGUACUAAAGCCUUGCUUUUGGUAACUUCUACUACAACGCAUUCAACCAACACGCCGCAAUAAAUACUGGGGGCACGGGUUGCCCAGUCGUCUAAGGCGCCGCGUUAAGCUGUGCAGAGUUGCGUCCCUUGGGCACGCCAGAAACCUAUGAUUGUGGGUUCGAAUCCCGGUUCGCCCCGAUUAUGUUUCUAGGUUUGUCAGGACCAUAACCUUGCUCGCGAGUUUCACCGAAGUGGUUAACGUCUGAGACCUUAAAAGCGGCGUUAAACCCAACUCACUCACUCACUCAAUAAAUACUAUUCGAAGCUACUUAAAAACUAUUCGAAGCGACUUAGAUACUGUUCCAAGCGACUUAAAUACUCUUCGAAGCGGCGUUAUAUGUUCCUGAAAACCACACCAAAGACGACAUCCACGGCAGCAACGCAUAUUUUUAUCAAAAACAUUUAUGAGACUAUGAUUAUAAUACUCACUUUUUUCAUUAUACUUACAUGUAUUUCAGAUGUUUUGACAGAAUGGUAGUGUCUAUUUGUUUAUGUUCAAUGAAUAGAGGGAAACGAUGUUGUUUAAAAGACCGAGUUUGGGAAACGUUACGAUUGUGCUGUGAGUUCUUGCGCUUUCAUUGUUGUUUUAAUAAAAUAAUAAAUUCCA